CUUCUGCUCUGCCGAAGGUUGUCUUUCCUUCUAUGCUCGAUUUCCUCAAUUCCAGCGAAUGUGAACACUGCAUCCCAGAAUGCCACCAAGCCGAGAGCGUCUAGCGCAUUGCUCCCCUCAACAUCAAAUAUCCAUGGCACCUAGCGCUGUUUCAAGCUGGGCAACUUGAUGCUGUCCUCGUGUCCAGGAAAGAAGGUGCGCCUCGCGGGUCCGGUCAGAGGGCGUAGCGCCGUUCGUCGAGAUCUCGAUACUGAUCUACGGCGCAUAAGUCAAGUCGGAGCAUGCUGUAUUGUCUGGUUAGUUGAUGUAUUAGCGUGUUAUGUGCUUAGUUGACUGUUUUGUAGUUGUCUGGAUGACGAAGAGCUC